UUUAGAAAACAUUUACAAAGAAUUAUCUACGGAUAUCGAGGACUUCACUCAUCCUGGUCAUGGUGAUCUGACUGGCUGGGCCAAGCAAGGAGUGCUGCUGCUCAACGCUGUCCUCACGGUGCGGGCUCACCAGGCCACCUCCCACAAGGAGAGAGGCUGGGAGCAGUUCACGGAUGUCGUGGUGUCCUGGCUCAACAAGAACUUGCAUGGCGUGGUCUUCAUGCUGUGGGGAGCCUAUGCUCAGAAGAAAGGCAGCUCCAUUGACAGGAAACGCCACCACGUCCUGCAGACGGUGCAUCCCUCGCCCCUCUCUGUCAACAGAGGCUUUUUUGGCUGUCGGCAUUUCUCCAAGACAAAUGAGUUGCUCAAGAAAUCUGGGAAGAAGCCCAUUGACUGGAGGGCGCUCUGA